GCCCUGACGGCGCCCCACUGCUCGCUGCUGAUCGUGGUCGUGAUGCUGUUCCCGAUGUCCACGGUGGUGCUGCACAACCUGCGGGUGAUCCGGCAGUGCUGGGUGAGCCACGCGUGCGCGACGAUGGUGAUGAAGAUGAUCCCGUCUCUGACGCGCCCGGAGCUGCGCCCGCGGCAGGAGGCGGCGUACCGGGCGUUGCAAAGGCUCUUGGCGCAGAUUCGUACCGAGCAUGAUUCAAUGCCGUCUCGACUGGUAUACCGAGUCCAUUCGGACCGUGGUUUGGAGUUUGUGAACGCUACUGUGGAGGAGUACUUGAUAUUUCACGGCAUCUCGCACACUACCACGCAGGGUUACGAUCCUAGUUCCAACGGCGUGGCUGAGAACGCAGUGGGCCUUCUAAAGAAGAGGGCGAGGUACUUGCUCUCCGGAUCUCGCCUUCCCACCCGCCGGUGGGGCAUGUCCAUCUACAGAGUGGGCGCUGGAUAUGCUGACCCUCCGAAGGUACCGUUCGGCACCAGGGUCCUGGUCAACGUGGAUCCUCAGCCCAGGAAUGCAUUCCUCCCCAGGGCCCUUCCUGCUACUGUGUUCGGGCCUUGCGACUCGGUCCCGGGAGGUCUGCGGGUGCACCAGGGGGGGCGGGUCUCCGCAAAGGUGAAUGCACAGACGGCAGGUCUUACAGAAGAGGAGCUGGUCAUCGCGAAGGCGACCUGGGACGACUACGAGACGCCCGUCGCGCCAAUGCCAGCUCCCGAGGCGGCGCUGCACGAUGCAUCUGCCGUGGAGCUCUCGCCAGGCACCGGGGCAGCAACGCUGGCGACAGCAACCUGCCCAGCCUGCCAUCAAAGACAUCAGAAGAGAAAGGUGGCCACCGAUCACAACCACGAAUGGGGGAAGUGCACUUUGGCUGUGCGGCCCCCGAUGCCAGUGGCGGCCGUUCUCGAGGAAGUACAGCUGUUGGAGGCGCCGGAGGAGGACGCCAGGCCCGAGGAGAAGCCUGCUCCAGCUUUGGUUCGAGUCGAGGAGCUCGUUGACCAGUUGGACGUGGAGCCGAUCGUGGACCCUAUCUUCGGAAACGCUACGGCAGCUGCAUCCACGGGGUGCACUUUCAACGCAUCUCCUAUUAUCGAUGUUGGAACUGGUAUGGGUACCUUCAAUGAGAUCAGUGACAACAUGAAUAUGCACCCGCAUGCUCUGUUGGCACUCUCGGAGAACUCAAGCCGCGCUUGCAUUGCAGGUGCCACUUGGGAAGCAGGCGUUGCGUCGGCUUACCGCUCCAUGGACGACGAGCUCCACGAGGGCGCCGCGAUCACAGACAGCCUCUCCUAUCUUGCCUCCGAGCCGGUUAAGGGGGCUGCAAGUUUUCGACGUGCAGCGCCGGUGAUCUUGAACUCCAGCGGGGAGCGGGCGAAUGUCCCGCCGGAGGUCAUCCACGAACUGAUUACGGAAGGCGAGCUCGAGCUUCUUCAGGAGCUUGGUACCCGGAGUGUUACGGCAGCAGAGGUCCGAGCGUCGACGGGGAAACUGAGGGAACAGUGGAGAGUUGCCACUGAGAAAGAGUACGUUGAGAAUUUUUUCAACAGGAACGUCUUCACGGUUACCACGCCUCAAGAAAGGCGACAACAUGGAGUUCUUCUUCCUAUGAAGUGCGUGUACACCAUGAAGGGGGGAGCCUACAAGGUGAGGUCCGUGGCCUGCGGGAACUUCGAGAAGGGCGACCCGACGCAGCAGCUAUGGACGGCCCAAGCCGAGACUUCCAGCUUGAUUGCGUCAGUGCGCUUGGCCCUCCUGCGAAGAUGGAAAAUCGGAGCUGUGGACGUCUCCGGAGCGUUUAUGAAUGCACCUCUACCUCAACACAUGCUCGUUGUGGUUCAACCUCCGAAGGCCUUUGUGGAGCAGGGGUUGGCUAAGCCGGGGGAGCUGUGGACGUUGCACAAAGCAGUGUACGGUCUGAAGAUAUCCCCCCGUGCAUGGGGAAUCCACAGAGAUGAUACUUUUCGCCGUCUGAAGUGGGCAGCUGGCGGUAUUCGCUGCAGGCUGAAGCAAUUCGACAGCGACACGCAGGUGUGGAGGAUCGUUGAGGACACUGACGACAUCAACUCGCAGCACACAUUGGGAUUACUGGUGGUUUACGUGGACGGCUUCUUAGUGCUAAGCCCUGAAGGGGGCAUGCGGGACAAGCUCCUGAGUGAGUUCCGGGCGAAGUGGAAGAUGAGUGACGAGGUCGCGUUGACGGAGACUACCCCUCUUACCUUCCUAGGACUAGAGCUUCGCCGUGACCCUGCAGGCGUGCACCUAGGACAAUGGAAGUUCAUCGACAAUCUGCUCGAGAAGUACGGCAUGACCGACGCGAACCCUCUGACAUCAGUGCAGAUGGAUGCGCCAGGAGACGAGGAUAUCCCCGAUCUUCAACGUCUCCGGGCUCUUCAAGCAUACGCUGGUGAGUUCAAUUGGCUUGCUACGAGAAGCCGUGCCGACGUGGCAUACUUCGUAAGCCUGCUCGCGAGCGCCCUCACUAAGCACGCAGGGUGGUCAGAGCAGUUGGCCAAGAAGGUUUUCCGAUACCUGAUGGGCACGAAGGACGACGGUUUGUAUUUGAGCAUCGACGGGAACGAGAACUCUUUGGUGGCCUGGUCGGACGCCGGUUACGCGGGCACCAACAUGAAGGCGCAGACUGGGAUGUUCGUAUCUUGGGCCGGUCCCCCGCUCUUGUGGCGUUCUUCACGCCAGACGGUCAGCACUUUGAGCACAGCCGAGGCGGAAUUAGGAGCGGCCGCGCUGACGUGGCAGGUUACGGAGGGCGUCCGUGUACUCUUGGAGGAGUGGGGCAUCAUAUUCGACUUUGUUAUACUGCUUCUUGAUAGCGCUGCAGCCCUUACCAUUGUGUCAAACGGGUCUAACUGGCGCACGAGAUACUUUGGAGUCAGAGGGAGCCGCAUUUGCGAAGAGAUUCAGAUGGGCAGGCUCAGCGUCGGACGCCAGGAGACGAAUAGCAUGGUGGCGGACGGCCUGACGAAGUUGGGGACGGCUGACGCCCCGAGGAACCUGCGCGACGCCAUGCGCGGGAAAUACCCGCCCCCGCCACAGAAGUUCCUUCUCACGGCAUGCGCGGCACAUUUUACGAGUACUACGCCAGGGCCGCACCAGAACGGAGACAUGGCCGGGGAUGGACCGGUUCAUCGCCCAGGUCUUGAGCGUGGUGAUCCCGCUUGGCGAGCAAUCUUCAAGGCGAUAUACGAGUGUAAGAAGCCACAGCUUGUACCUCGGAUGUCGGACCUCUACAAGAAAUACGAAGAGCAG